CUCAACCAACCACCUCCCUCGAUAUUCUCGUUAUCCUCAUUACGUCGGCAAGCGACGGCCCCAAAACUCUAUUAGCUGGACGUAUCUGCAGGCAGUAUGUUCGGUAGAACCAACCGGGCCACUCCUUCCCGCACCACCUCUGGUGGGACCGCACGUUCCGUUUCCUCUUCUAACAGAGGUAGCGGUAACGGAUAUGCCACCAACAGCUCCGUCACCGCCACGCGCCGUGCCGCCUCUGGUUCCGGCCCAAGCACCCAGUCCAAAACGCAGGGGGGAGGAAACAAAAGCUCCUCAACCGCUUCCAGCACCUCCUCCUCCUCCACCUCGUCUACCGGGAAUGGGUAUCGCUCUAGCGGGUCAGCCAGGAGCACAUCUAACAGGAAUGACAAGAAGGACAAGAAGGACGGGACGGAGGAGGAAGAGCUGGCCGAGUACCAGAAACUUUAUGUGAUUGUGUUCUCAAACGGCUCGUACGAUUCGUACAACAAGCGGCACUGCGCGCUGUUAAUCGAGCACGAGAACGCCGCCGGCCUCUGGCGCAGGAACAUGAUCGACAUUGAGGGAGCCGAGUGCAUGUGGCGGGUUCGCGAGAGCGUGAACCGGAACCCCAGGAACAGCGUGAAUUACCACGGCGCCUUUCCGGUGAAGUCGUUUAUGGUCGGCCACGGCGCUCAGGGCCGUAGCGACAGGCAGCUGCGCGACUCGAUCUACAAUGCGCGCAUUGACAACGAGGACCCGGAAUGGAACUGCCAGAACUGGCUGGAAGGCGCGCUGCACCGGCUCAGGGCCGCCCGUUUCUUGACCAACGAAGAGGUCGAAUCAGCCAUAAAUGCCGCUCUUGACAUGGUUCUAGAGGCCCCUAGGGAGCCUAUUUCCCUCUAUUGAAUCACUGGUGGCAUUGGCUGGCGGCAGUGGAUAAAACGUGACCUCCCUCCCUGUCCACCCGCCGGGUGCAAGGGGUCAGGCAGACGAUCAGACAAUCAGAAGAAGGAGGGCUCGGUUGGGGAAUUUGCACU